AUGGAUUAUAAAGAUCUUGCUGAUAUAGCUCGAGAAUUAUCCGACCUUGAAGUGGCAUUUUUACUGUGCCUUGUUGCCCGCGAACAUUGCUUGAUCGAGACCACCAGCCACUGUAUCAAUGACCUGGCUAAAGAACUUGCCUUGAUUGGCUUCACUACAUUCAACUACUCCUAUUGCAUCCUUGACUGUUCAACUGAAACAUCUAUUGACGAUAUCUUUAACAAUGUUCUCACUCCGGAUGCACGCGCUAGCUAUCGUCCAUCGCGUCCAUGGUUGAACACGGAAACAUCAAGCAAUCGAUCUUCACAUAGGAGUAUUGGUGAUUACAGCAAAACACCAGCUAUAUCCUCACAACUCGGCAGUAACGUUGUCAAUAUUGUAGUUGCCAAGAACUUCAAUUUUGUCAGCGAUGAUAUCCAAAUGCAGAUGCUGCAGUUAAUGCGAGCAAGGGAGUUGAUCACUGAAAUUGGGACCUUGAACGCGCCUCAGGACUUCCUUUUCGUCCCUCUUGUGGCACGAGAUUUCGAUCAGCUCCGGCCACCUUUCAAAUCACACAUGAAUGACAAUCUGUUCAUUUCUCAUUUCCACAGCCCGGAUGCUGGGUAUACCUAUCUCGAAGAGAAUGACUGGCUCUCGGAUGGACAACUGUCCGAUUCUUCUGUUAUUCAUAAGUCAAAGGGCAAGCAACCAAAGAGUGCUUUAGUCAGUCCAUUGGUGAUGGAUCAACUUCGAGAAACAAGUGCGUCGAUUAGCAUGAGCGCGGAAGUUGUUCGAUAUAUCCAGGACAUUGUUGUAUUCCUGCGGCUCAGUCGCGCUGUUGCGAGUGGUGUAUCUGCCAAUGCCAAUAUUCAAUUUUCUCGAUUUGCACAACUUCUAGCUCCUCUGCAUGGAAUCGACUAUAUGACUCCCUCCAUCGUGGCCCUAGCCGCGAGGAAGGUCUUUCGCCAUCGCAUUACUGUCGCCGCCCCCGGUGAAGACCGCAGCCUGCAGUACGGAAGUGACUUACAUGCGGUAGCUCAUGUUCUUGCUGACGUGACGCCGGAUUCAAUAUUGGAUGGCGUUCUGGCGCUGGAGCCGCCUUUGUGA